GCACAGUCGUCGUUGAGGGCUCGUUGCAAGCAGCGCGCAGUUGGUAGAACGUUGACAUUACCGUUAUUGAAUCGAAUUCGCUGACCAAUUUUGUAAUUUGUGCUGAUGCUCCUGUGCGCCCAUUAGAUGAAAAGUGCGAGACGUUUGUGAGUCUUAAGAUACGCAAGAAAUUCUGUCUUUACCGUGUGGCGAGUCGCGAGUUGUUCCCAUUUAACUUGAGCUGAAAUAACUUUGCGUCAGCAUGUCCAAGCCGAGUACACCUCAGCAUAGUGCCGCAGGUGCGACCGCUGGCGGAGCAAGUCCCAGCAGCAGCAACGAGAAAGUUAGCAAAUACAACAUAAGCACUGAAAAGAGCGGAGAUCUUACUGUCAUCGUGCAGGGAGAUCUAUCGCAGCAGGAGAAACGAGCUGUUUUUAUAACCGUGCACGAUUUAGGCUGUAAUCACAACUCCUUCCAGGAGUUUGUUAACAGCCCCUGUAUGACAGAGAUCAAGGAGAGAUCCUGCUUCAUACACUGCAUUGUGCCCGGACAUGCGGACAACGCCGAUGCGUUGCCGGAUAGCUUUCCGUUCCCAUCGUUGCAGACUCUUGGCGAGGACUUGGUCACGGUUCUAGACUAUCUGCAUGUGAAGUACGUGAUUGGUUUGGGGGAGGGUGCCGGCGCCAAUGUGUUGGCACGCUUCGGCUUGGCACACCCAAGCCGUGCCCUCGGCCUGAUACUGAUCAAUGCUACCGGCAGUGCUGCCAGUGUUCUCCAAUCGUUCAAGAACAAGUUCAUUAGCUGGAAGAGCGAUGAGGUAGCUCAGUCGGCUGAAAGCUUCUUAAUGUAUCACAAAUUUGGACAUCGUUCGGUACGUAGUUCACCCUCAUUGUCAGGCAACAAUUGGUAUAAAGCGUUCCUCAAAUUCAAAGCAAGCUCCAAAACAAAUACAAAUCGAUCCUUGAACGUGUCAAUAUCGCAAACACAAAUCAUUGGGGAGAACCCAGACAAGGACAAAAUUGUUGCCGAGUAUCAGAAGCGUUUGCAUCGCUCACUGAACAGCAAAAAUGUGGGUCUAUAUGUAAAGGCGUUUAUGAAUCGCAAGGACCUGACCCUCAAAGGUUGCAAAGUUGAUGUUAUCCUGAUUACCGGCAUGCUUAGUCCUUAUGCUUCGAUGGUGGAGAAGCUGCACCGCGAUGUUGAGAAGGAGAGAGUGACAAUGUUAAAAAUUGAACGAGCUGGCGAUGUUUUGGCCGAUGCUCCUGGCAAGGUGGCACAAUCUAUAUUACUUUUCUGUAAGGGCCAGGGACUGCUCACAUCGGUGGUUAUGCCUGGAGUGGACCGUGGACGGGCCUAUUCUACUGCCAGCUCGGGCUCCUUUGAGGGUGCUAAUGGUGGACGUCGUCUUUCGCGGGGAAUUUCAAUGGAGGACUACGAUAAGCCAAAUAUACGCCGACUCAGCAUUAUGACCAUUCCACAGACAUUCUCCUUUAAUCGUAUAUACAUGGAUGCGCCGCCACCGACAAAGCCGCCGCGCGGUGUCAAAUACGGAAAAGAAGACUCUGCAGGAUGUGGGUUUCUUGUCAAUGUCAUCAAAUCCCUUGGCUUCAGCGAAACAACAGAGGAGCGUCAAAAGGAGAAAUUGAAAAUUGAACACGAAUUUAAGUGCUCAGAUCAGCGUCUAAACGAAUUGGUCUCUCGACAUGACCAGCAGCUCACCCAAGUAUUGCCCCUCUUCAGUCAAGUGUCCACGGAGGUGACAGCCAGCCGUGAGCGCAUACAUGCGGUAAAGGAGAACCUCGGCGCCUGCAAACGGUUGCUCCAAUGUCGACGCGAUGAGCUCAAAAAAAUGUGGACGGAUGCAGUGCAGCAUAAGUAUUUGUUGGAAAUGCUGGAGCAAAUUCAGGAGCUGCGCAAAGUGCCUCAACGUGUGGUCAGCUACACGGCCAAGCGUCAAUAUUUACAUGCAAGCAAAGCACUUACCGAUGCUCUUGCCACUCUUAAUGGACCAUUACAAGGUGUUGAGGGCCUUACCGAUUUGAGGGCCGAUUUACAAACGCGCCGUCAACAAUUGUAUCAGCGACUGCACGAAGAACUUGUUACACAGGUGUAUAAAAAUUCGGCCAAUGAAGCAUUAUCUACGUUCCAACGCACCAAUUCGAGUCGCCUGAACUCCAGCUUUACGCGUGGCAUUGGAGCGCGACGCUCCACGGAUCGCAUCGAAGCCAAUGCACGUGUGCGCAAAGCUCUGACCGAAAUGGCCCAAGGUUUCGAUUUAGAUAAAGCUGAGAUAAUCGAAGAUACCGAUCUUAUUGACCCAGAACUAAGCAUGAACUAUUUCAUUGCAAUUAUUGUUGAAUGCUUCGGUAUGUUGCACAAGGUACCAGAUUCCUUGGAAACGUUGCGUGUGCAGAUCCAAACGGAACUUUUAAAUGUUGUACAAAACACCACACAUCAGUUGUCGGCUAAUGGUGCGGUUAAGGAUAUUGCUGGCGAGUCCAAUCCUUUGCUAAUGCUGUUAGAGAUCAUUUUUAAACAAUUGAAGGCCAUUGCAAAGACCCAUGCUCUUCUUCUUAAAAAUUAUUUGGCAGUGGCGCAAAAAUAUACCGUAGUUGGACCCCAACCCUACGAUUUGACUGAUUUUUGGGCCCAGGCACAGUCGGUUUUGCAACUUUUGCUCACUGACUACUUGGAUAUACAAAACACCGCGUCCGACGAGAAUGCACAGUCUAGUUUCGCCGAGCCAACGAACAAUAUAAAUUCGUACUUCCUAAGGCGCAAAGUUCCGAGCACGAAAAAGACCAUGUUUAAAUUUGACAAGUCCUCCCAUACACCAAGCAAUGCCAACACUCAAGAGCCUUAUAAGCAACACAGACGUAAUGCUUCUGACGCAUCGAUGGAUGAUAAUUUAGUAGCCACCUUAGGCGGUCCCGCUGGCAGUGGUAAGGGCUCGGCGACCGGAUUGCUUCCUCAUGAAAAAAAGCAGCGCGAAAAGGUGUUAAUUUGCACCCCGGAUCAGAAUGUUAUAACCAAAGUAUAUUUGCCAUUGAUGGGUUAUAUACAAGAGAUUGAGAACUUUAUGAAAUGUAAGCCUGGGCAUCCAUGCAGUUUACAUGACUUUGUUGACAACUAUAUUAAGGACACAUUCCUCUCCAAGGGUCACAAUCGAAACUUGCAGCUGACAAUUGAGUCAUUAUCCAAGAACCAAGACGCCUGGCGCACUAUUAUAACCCCUGAAGAGAUGAAAACCUUCAACUUGAGCAGACCAUUGUUGCAAUCUACUGUUAUGGUGGAACGCCGUUUGAUCGAGACAAAAACUUUAAUACAAGACUUGCCUUGUUAUUCAGAAGAACUACUGAAGAUGGUGUGUUCUCUGCUUAAAACGUAUCGCGAGAUUUGCCAAGCGGCUUAUCGAGGUAUUGUCCAGCCCGAUUCAGAAGACAAGCGUAUCUACAGUGUGGCGUGGUUGAAGGAUGAAGAUAUUAGUCGAUUUUUAAAAACACUGCCGAAUUGGACUGAUCUUAAGAGUUCAAGUCAACGGGCCAAGCACAGCAAAAAACUACAACGAAGCAAUUUUGAGCCAUCAGAAGAAGAGAGCCCAUUGCAGGUGCAACAACGUAAUAUCCGGGAAGCUGAGAUGCUUACCAGCAAUUUAGGCGAGGGUGGCAUUACACAGCAAGAGAUAUUAGCCGAUAUAAGUGUCCUCAAAGAGUUGGCUAUACUGCAAGAGAGCAUGGAAUGGUUCUCCAGUCGUGUUUCUGAGUUUGCCAACGAGCUUCGUCGUCCCUUGGUGAACGGAUUGAAUGCCGUGUCUGCUGAAUGCGCUUCAAAUGUGGCCAUUAAGGAUGGUACCAUUAAAGUAAUGACUAAUUUGGCAUUAGAAUUCGAUGAGCUCGCCAAUACGUGCCUACUGGUGCUACAUCUGGAAGUUCGCGUGCAAUGUUUUCACUAUUUACGCUCCAAGAGCAGUGUAAAAACAAAUAGUUACAUUGGUUCGAAGGAUGACAUCCUAGAGCCAGACCGUCAAGUGCAGGUUCUAACAAAGCGAUUAUCUGAAAUGGAUGAGGCAUUUAGUGCCACCUUGCAUCCGCGCAAGACUAGAUACAUUUUUGAGGGCCUAGCUCAUUUAGCCGCACGAAUACUUAUACAAGCGUCCAACUACUUGGAACACAUUGAUCAAAUCACGGUACAACGGAUGUGCCGUAACUCCAUUGCACUGCAACAGACGCUGAGCAACAUUACCGCGUCUAGGGAGGUUGCCCUAGACCAGGCAAAACAUUUCUAUGAACUGCUAUGCAUGGAGCCAGAUGAAAUACUCAAUGCACUGUUGGAGCGUGGCACAGAGUUUACUGAAAUGCAAUAUCUAAAUGCUUUGCAAUUGUCCUGUAAGGUACAUAAUGUCGAUGCCAAUAGUUUAGCCUCAUAUCAGCAGAAACUUUCGGAUAUACUGGGCGCCAAGCCUUCCAAAGGUGUUGUUGUAUAAUGUUUACUUGAAAACUAAAUUAAAAAAAAAAAAAAAAGAAAAAAUUACUAGGCCUUUGCACACUACAAGUUGUAAUCAAUAUUAUUUAAGUGCAAACGUGUAACUGAUUGUUAAGCUUGAAAUGAAUCUAUAAAUAUGUUUUGAACAUGUUCGGGAGAGCACUUUGUGUUGCGAUAUAGUCGUUUAUAUAUUCUGAAUUUCUUUAUCAAAAAUGUAACCUGUCCUGUAUUUAAGUACACACUUAAUAAAACGAACAUUUAACAGCGAACAAUGACGCAGAGGAACUCCAA